AUGGCAGCAGCAAACCGACAGCUGGCACAGAACACUGCUGAUUCGGGGUUCGAAAGCUGGAAACUCAGCAUUGAAAAGGACUCCAACAAGAACAACAUCAGCAACGUCAACAGCAAUUGUUGGCACAGCAAGUUAGAAGGUUUGUUGGAUACUUUCCUCCAUACGCCGAUAUGGGAAUCCAAUCGCAAAACUGCAAUGGCAGUAUCGAAGCCGCAAAGAAAAGAGGCACCAAGAUCAAGCGCCCGAAGCAGCAACUUUUGCGAGUGCAAGUUGGAGGGAGCCUUCCUUUUCUUUCUACAUUCCAUUGCAAACGAUGCCAUAUCACCCAAUUCGGAUCAGCGGUGUUACAAAAAUAUCAUGGAGGGCACCAUGAUCUCUGUAGAGAAGUACCAGAGAAAAGUACGCGUCAGCGCACUUGCUAGUAAGUGA